AUGGCAACGGCCGGGCGGUCUUACAAUGAUGAUUUCCAGGACGCCAUCGACACGCUCAACUCGCUCCAGACGCCGUACCACAUCAUCGAAGCGAGGCGCAAGGCUGGAAUCCGCCCCGGUGCCAAUUCUGUCCGGGAGAUGAGGGCCUACCUCGGUCGCAUCGGCUACUCUCUCUCCGAUCUGGAUCGUCUCAACAUCAUCCACGUGGCAGGAACCAAGGGCAAAGGCAGCACAUGCGCCUUUGUCGACGCCAUACUGUCGCAAGCGCAGCAUGCCCACGGCAGGCCGCACAAGACGGGCCUCUUCAUCUCGCCGCACCUGAUUGCCGUGCGUGAGCGGAUACGCAUCAACUCGACCCCGAUAUCCGAGGGCCUGUUCACCAAGUACUUCUUCGAUGUCUGGGACCGGCUGGAGAAGGCCACCGUUGCCGCUAAUGAUGACAUCGCCCCUGGGUCUAAGCCCGCCUACUCCCGCUACCUGACCUUGAUGAGCUGGCAUGUGUUUCUUCAGGAGGGCGUCGACGCAGCCGUGUACGAAACAGGCAUAGGAGGCGAGUUCGACGCCACCAACCUUGUUGAGAGGCCUGUGGCGACGGGUAUCACGACGCUGGGCAUCGACCAUGUCUUUGCGCUGGGCGACACAGUCGACAAGAUUGCGUGGCACAAAGCGGGUAUAAUCAAGAAGGACUCCCCCGCCUUUACCGUCAAACAGGUCCCCGAGGCGGAGAAGGUGGUGCUUGAGCGGGCGACGGAGAAAUCUGUCGACCUCAAGGUGCUGAGCGUUGACCCCAGGCUUCAGGGCGUGAGAAUACGUCCCGAUACCCUGUUCCAGAAGAAUAAUGCGUCAUUGGCGAUAGCACUGGCCGAGACGGCACUGGCCAAGAUUGACGGCCGACAGUCCAACGACAACGGAGAACGACUUCCCGAGACCUUUGUACGGGGUCUGGAGGGCGUCGUCUUCCGUGGCCGCUGCGAGGUCAAGGUGGAGGACAACGUCACUUGGCACGUCGACGGCGCGCACACCGUCGACAGCCUGCGUGUAUCGUCCGAGUGGUUUGCCGAGGAGACUGCUGGCCGCACGGGACCCCGGGUGAUGAUUUUUAACCAGCAGGCCCGUUCCGAGGCUGUCAGCUUCUUCAAGUCCAUCCAUAAGGCCACCAAGCGAGUUGGUCGCCCCGCCUUUGACCACGCCAUCUUCUGCACAAACGUGACGUAUGCCGGGACCGGGUAUAAGCGCGACUUUGUCAAUCACCAGUACAACCCCGAAGAGAUCAAGGACUUGGUCGUGCAGCACCGAUUCGCCGAGAAAUGGGCGUCGCUGGACCCCGACUGCAACAUUCGCGUCGUACCCACCAUUGAGCAGGCGAUUAACCUGACCCGAGAGUUCGGGGCGCGGAGCGCUGAGAAGGCGGAUGCCUUGAUAACAGGGAGCUUCCAUCUCGUGGGAGGCGCCUUGGGAAUGUUGGAGGACGCAGACGCUCUAUGA